AUUCUCUAACCUCUCUGAUCCUGUCAUUCUUUCAAAGUUCUUCUAAGUUCGUCUCGUCCCGUCUCCACCCCCGACCCUGCUCAUUCCCAUCCGUUUGUCCACGGUGAACGAUGCAAUUGCCACUCUUUCUCUUCAACAUCCUCCUCGUUCUUCCACUGGUCCAUGGGCAGGGAAUAUCCUCGCUUCCGCCAUGCGGAAUGCAGUGUGUGAAUACGACUGCCACCAGCUUAGGAUGCUCCGUUAACGACGCAAAAUGCUUGUGCAGUAAAGCGAAUUUCGUCUCGUCCAGCUUAAACUGUGCACAGGGUACGUGUCCACCAGAGGACUUGAGUUCAACAGUAGGUAUAUUGGGCGAGCUGUGCGCAGCGGCCUCUCCUCCAGGUUCAACGUCGAUUACCAAAUCCUCGUCCACACCCCCCUCCCCUUUGACAACUUCUUCCAACUCCAACACCCCUUCCUCUGGCCCUACGCUUACAUCCACAGCCCCCCAAACAUCAAUAUCGACAUCGAUCACCGGCUCGCCCGCGCCCAGCACAGUUACAGUGACAGCGUCUAAUACACAAGCCGGAACGACACUCAGCGUCCCAGCGAAUUUUCUGCCAACCUCGGUCUCGGAAAGCGGUUCAAGCACGACCGUCGUAGUCGCUACUAUUUAUCGACCGCCCCCGUCGUCAGGAGCGAUGAAGGGAGAGCUUUGUUGGGGAUUUAUUAUGGGUACGGUUGGGGUCGUUAUGGGAGCCUGGAGUUUGUGAUUGUGCAAUGGACCUCGUUUGAUUAUCGGAGGUGGUGGCAGGCUCCCUCACUCCUCUUUUUUUGGUGUGUAUGAGCUUUAAAAGCGACAUACGCUCAUGCACCGCACAUUUCUAUCUCAUACUAGCAUUUGCUUGGACAUGUUCUCCUCUCUAUUUAAUUCGGUCGUGUCGCAUCUU